AGCAAGUUGCGCAGCUGGCAGCUGCGUCUUGGAAGAAACGCCGCCACCAACAAGUGCUCCGCCUGCAGGCCGACGUUGCCUUUAUUCCGGAACGAGCGACGAAGAAUGGGCCGACUGCAUCGCCGCGUCGGCUGAAUGGAAUCGAAGCAGUAAGUUCAUGCGUGCCCUGCUCUUCGAGCUCAUCAGCGACACACUACAGUACUCAAGUCCCGCUGGUUCCCACCCUGCGAGUGAGCGUCAGCACGUUGUUGAAGCAAAGAAGAUGACUCCCAAAACAGGCUUCCUCAAGUGCUCCCUUCAGAAGGGCACUCGCUGCGCGGCUACCAUUACGCUGUUCUCCACGAGCCUGCUGUUCGUCGCCUACAUGGUGUCGCUGUACCGGCAGCACGGCUUCCUCGAGUCUAUCAACAGGUCCCUGGGAUUCGACGUGGCACCUGCUUCGCCAGUCGUGGAGUUCAUGGCCAUGCUGGGCUUCGGUCUCAUCCUGCUCUUCGAGAUGAUGUCCUCCUGGCUUGCGAUAAAGGCAACCACACUGGAAAGUCGCUGGCUCCUGUUACCCUUCAUAGGACUCACGACUUGCGGCAUCGUGUCUCCAGCACUCAUGUCGGCAGUUAUCAUGCUCUCCAGCCAACGCUUCCAUACUGCACCAUUACCCCUCACCGCCCUAACACCCAUCUUUUUCAUCCUGCUGACAAGGACGUACUUCCUGUUGCUGAGCGUGUCCUACUACCGGGAGCUCCAGGAGCGUGAGUCGCGCCAGGAGGAGACCGUGCCGUCAGUGGCGUCCCAGGUGCCGCAGGUGCAUGUCAAUGACCUGCCACUCCACAAGCGACUGACACCCAUCGUGCUCGACUACCUGCAGAAACCGCCACCGUACGAAGGAUACGACGACGAGACGCGCGUACACGAAGACGCCAAGAGUGGAAUAGGCAUGCGCCUGUACAUGUGAACAUGUACGAUCUAAGGGCUUGUAGCUUCGCUCGUCCUUGAAAUUAGGGAGAGAACACCGACGAUGACUUAGCACACGAAUUUUUGUAUAUAGCUGUUAAAGUACACUGCUUGAUCUCAUCGUAUGCCACGCCCAGAACUAUUCGAGCAAACCUUCACCGGAUGCCGCGAAGAAUCUCUCCUCAAGGUCGAUCUUGAAGGUGUUGGUGGGUCUUCG